CUUUCCAUUGUAGCGCAUGGCUUUGCUCGCCUCUCAAGCGUCCGGGCUUCGCGCCCUCGUCCGGGCAGCCACAUCGACCUCCUCCUCUACUGCUACUGCUACUCUUGCUACUAGUAUGAUUGCCGCCAGAGCGACUCCCGCUGCAGUGUCAGUGCGCUCGCUGAGCUCCCUGCAGUCGUCGGUCGCGCACAGCCCAGCCAUGCUGCUUCACGCCAUCCGCAGCGGAUCGGCGCUCGCCCCGGCCGGCUUCGCAACUGGAGCAACAGCUGCAUCACCGUCGACGAGCCUGGCGAGCGCGGCGGCAGCGAACGCGCACGCCGUCGGAUUGCUUUCCGGCGCUGCUGGAUCUGCAUUGGCCGUGUCGCCCGCCGCAUCGCCCCUCUUGGCGCAGGCCGUCCGCUGCGCACACAAGCGCGUCUUGAAGAAGCCCCGCUUGUACAAGCUAAAGUCGCGCAGCGCUGUCAAGCGGCGAUUCCGUCUCAUGGCCAACGGUCGCUACAAGCGUCGCCAAGCCGGCAAGCAGCAUCUGAACAUCCACAAGUCGCGCAAGCGAAAGAACCGUCUGGCCAAGACAGUGCUCACCACAAACACUCACACCAAGACCAUCCGUCGCAUUCUCGUCAAGCGGCGGUAGUCGGCCUUUCUGCAUUGACAAGUAUCAUUGGGGUUGGAUUCUACCAUUCCCAGUUGUCCUGCACACACCACACGCCUUUCAUUCGCGCUGUGUCGAUCCGUCCUUGUUUCGUUGUGUGACGAGUGAUGCUGUUGGUCAUCUUUGUGCAGUUUCUUUUUAAAAACAUUUGUGUUGUCACUGAAUCAAAAGUACAUAACCUGCCGUCACCAAGCACAGC